CCGUAAGAUGUAGCUAUAAUACUACAAUUACUGGAGAGCUGCCAUUAAUGUUGUUUCAGUAUUGUAUAUGCAAUAUGGCACAAUUAGAGAUGUACACACUAGAUAUGACACAUACAUAUGCUCAUUCUCUUAUUACAAUCCUCGUUUACUAGCAGAAAUAAUAGUUAAGCUCUUUUCCUUUGUUCCUUUCCCUUUGUUCCUAUACAGUUUAACCAUUCGUAAUUACCGAAUACUGUAUGGUAUAAAGGAGUAUACUCCAUUGCUUGACUCCAGUAACAUGUCAAUGACUGACUGGGCAUACAUAGCCAGUGACAUAAGGAAAUAUUAUGCAAAAUUUGAUGCAUUUGUCAUCCUCCAUGGAACAGAUACUAUGGCAUACACAGCCUCUGCACUGUCUUUUAUGUUAGAGAACUUAGGAAAGACCAUCAUAUUGACAGGAUCACAGAUUCCGUUGUCAGAGUUAAGAAGUGAUGGAAGAGACAACCUGCUUGAGUCUUUGAUUAUUGCUGGGGAGUUUGUUAUACCUGAGGUCCUCCUUUAUUUCAAUAACAAGUUAUUCAGGGGAAAUAGAACAGUUAAAAUGAACUCAAGUAGACUCGAUGCUUUCUCUUCUCCUAAUUUCCCUCCCAUUGCAAGAGUCGGAGUAGAUAUAAAAGUGAACUGGGAGUCGGUGUUUAGGCCAAGCAGUACUGAGAAGUUUAGUGUUCAUUCAGACAUGAAUUCUAAUGUUGGGAUACUUAGACUGUUCCCUGGAAUAUCAAAAGCAGCUAUCUGUUCUUUUCUUCAGCCCCCAAUGGAAGGUGUAGUCCUCCAGUCGUAUGGUGCUGGUAACAUUCCUGACAGUCGUUCUGAUAUUGUUCAAGAAUUAUCAGCUGCUACCGAGAGAGGAGUCAUAAUAGUGAACUGCAGUCAGUGCUUCUCUGGCUACGUCAGUGAGAAAUAUGCAGCUGGACUGAUAUUAAGGGAUGCUAAUGUCAUACCUGGAUACGAUAUGACUCCAGAGGCUUCUCUUACUAAACUGUCUUACCUGCUCAGUCGGUCUGGGCUCUCGCUGGAAGAGAAACGUAAGCUAAUGGAAGAGAACCUGAGAGGAGAGAAGACGGUCAUUAACGAACAGUCCGACCCUCAGUCUUUAUUAAACGAUACCAAUUUAUUAAGAUCGCUAACUAAACUCCUCACUUCAAACACUGAUGUGAAGCUGUUGCGUGAGUCAUUAUUUCCUUCUCUGCUCUGUAAAGCUGCUUCUGAGGGUGAUCUAGAAGCUCUGAAAACACUUAAAAAAGAAGGAGGUGAUGUUGCAUUUCCGGACUAUACUGGCCUGACUCCGCUUCAUUUAGCUGCUAGACGAGGUCAUUAUGACACUGUUCAUUAUUUGCUCGUUAAUGGAGCCUCAGUACACAUGAAGGACUCACUACAUCGCACUCCGUUACAUGAAGCUAUAAGCUUUAAGCAACUCGAUAUCAUAAAACUCUUAGUACAGACUGGUGCACACAUAAAUGAGACUCCAACUGAGAUUGGCAGCAAACUAUGCCUAGCUGCUUCGGUGGAUGAUGUGAAAUUGGUCGAAGCUUGGAGACUGGCAGGGGCUGAUAUGAAAUCAAAAGAUUACUCUGGAAAUACAGCCAGCAGUAUAGCUCAAGAAGGUUCUCAAGUCUCACAGUAUCUGGCUAAAAUCAAGUGUAAAGAAAACUAAAUUUUUUAUAAUACAUGUAA